UGUUUUGUUUCUGGCUUUAUUUUAAUAUUACAGUUUGGACACACAGAAAAUUCAAAGGUUCAUUUUUAAAUUCCUUAAAUACAGGAGAUAAAGUUUCAGUGCACCAGUCAGGUCCGUCAUAUUUCAUCGACCAUGAUAAAAAGCCUGAUAAUUCUGGUUCUGGUUUCGUCAGUACAAGGAUUCUUAUUUUCCGAACCAAAGGAAGUUUGUUAUACAAGGAUCGGAUGUUUCAGUAAUGCAUCGCCAUUUGAUAACACCAAGGGGACGCUACCCGAUUCCCCGGAAAAGAUUCAGCCAACCUUUAUGCUCUACACUAGAAAAAACAAAAACACUGCCCAGAUCCAAAACCCGUACGAUUCAGACACCAUUUCUGAGUCCAAUUUUGCAGCAAGUCGACCGACAGUUUUUAUCACGCAUGGGUUUAGGGAUACUGCCAAGACUGGAUGGCCUGUAACAAUGAAAGAUGCUUUUCUCAAAAAGGGUGACAUGAACGUGAUACUUGUUGACUGGUCCAAGGGUACUAAAGGUGUCCGUUACAUGAAAUCCGCGGCUAACACAAGAGUGGUGGGAGCUACUAUAGGUAAUAUGGUGGAAUCUCUAAAAGACAUAACGAACGCAAGGCUCAACCAGGUUCACUUAGUUGGGCACAGUCUUGGAGCCCAGAUUAUGGGUUACGCCGGGGACUGGACAAGUACGAAUCUUAGGAUCGGAAGAGUCGGUAGAAUAACUGGUCUAGAUCCAGCUGGAUUAUAUUUUGAAAGAUUUGACAACAAAGUGAAACUAGAUCCAUCUGAUGCAAUCUUUGUUGACAUCAUUCACACGAAUGCAGCAUCUCUUUUAAAAAUUGGGUUUGGAAUCAGGACACGCAAUGGACAUGUUGACUUCUAUCCAAAUGGGGGUAAAAACCAACCAGGGUGCAAAGUGGUUCAGGGAGGAUGCAGUCAUAUGAGGGCUAUUGCCUACUUCACUGAGUCUAUCAACUCCUCUUGUCAAUUUAAGGCCUUCAAGUGUACGGACUACAAGGCAUUCUUGGAUGGAAAAUGCACAUCAUGUAACAACGGCUGUAACAGAAUGGGUUACCAUGCCAACAAGAAUGUACAAGGGAAAUUUUAUCUGCAAACAAACUCUAACAGUCCUUUCUGUAAAACUCAGUGAUACUAUUCCAUAUUCAAACUAUAGAAUAUUUAACUGCCGUUGGUGGUAAAUAUGACCCUGUUUACUUUAUUUAAACCAUAAACUCAAAAUUUGUCCGGUGCCGGUUCUUUAUCUGUUGACAAUUUUUAGACGUCUUCAAAAUCACUGGCUCAGUAAAACUAAUCUUGUGGACUUCAGGAUGUUCAAAUGAAGAGUCGAGUCCCCUUUAUUGGAAUAUAAGAAUUUAGAGAAAUUUUAUGCAGUCAGCGAAAUAAAUUAACUUAACACAACUGCAUAAGAAAAAUAUUAUGAGAAAUGCAAUUAGUUUGUAGUGUCUGUGUCAAUCCAAGAUUGUUCAAAUUAUGAUUUCUUGUGUCAAGGUGGGGCCAAAAUAGAAAAUUUACCUAGAUAUAUGGAGGUAAAAUUAAAAAAGGAUCACCCUAUAAAGCAGUAAGUCUUAAGGAGGGAUUCUUGUUUGGUUUCUGAUUAGACGAAAUAUUCCAAGUAUAUUUGCUUGUAUGUCUUAGAUACUUAGCUGUAAUGUAUUAAAAAGAUAAUAUUUUUCUUUA